GAUGGGUAGGGUUGGUAUUGAUUCGUUAGAUAGUUUCCAUAUAACUUAUUAUAAUGUUUGGGGAUUUUUAGGUAACUGGAUGGGGAUAUUGGGGAGGGGAGAUUUUUUUGCUGUGCUGGUGGAAGGCUGGAAGGCUGGAUGGAUGGAUGGAUGGAUAGAUGAUUGUGAAUAUGUCUCCGAAAAGUGCCCGGUUUGUUACCGGUUGCGAGGAGUUGGUUGAGAGUUGGUUGGGAAGUCGCCGAGGAAUUCGCCGGGUGAAGUGGAUGGGGAGUUGAUGGAUAUGUUUGAUCUUUUGGGGGUUUGGGAGAGUGUUAUUGGAGUUUGGGAAGGGGAGAGGGGAGGGGAGGGGAGGGGAUAUAUAGUUGUCUUUGAUCCUUUAUUUUUUUUUUCUUUUUUUCUUUCUUCUGAAAUAUUGUGAUACUAUAGCAGAGCCAUAUGGUAAGAUUAUACUAUACGAUCAAAUACAAUAUACGAUAUACGAUAUUACAAUAUCUUAACACACUAUACCGCACCAUACCACAUCAAAAAACAGAGGCCAAAUUUCAUAAAAUGGCUGACCUUAUGAAAGAACUCGGUUCCCAAACAAAAUGGAGCACCUCAGAAUUCACAUCCUGCAUCACCAAAAUGUCUGAAGCCAAAGGUUUACAACCUGGCACUCUGCCCAUCCGUCACAUGGUCCAAUUAGCACAUGAUUUAUUGCCCUUCGAUAGCGCAGAUUGCAAGGACAAAAUCAUCCUAGAUGUAGGUUGUGGACCUGGACAAGUAACAGAGCAUUUACUUGAGGAGUAUCGACCUUCUCUCUUCCCCGUCUCGGGGGAUCAUCACAACAACCACAAUCAUAAAGCCCACAUCCUCGCCUCGGAUUUCAGCGCCCCGAUGAUCGCGCAAUUGACGAGUCGGAAAGAGAAGGAGAUUGCAAAGGGGAAUGGGAUCUGGGAAUGUGUGGAUGCGAAAGUAUGCGAUGCGCAGGAUUUGCGGAUGAUAGUGCGGGAUCGGGUGGCCAGUCAUGUGUUUGCGAGCUUGGUGCUGUUUAUGCUUCCGGAGCCGAGACAGGGGUUGAGCGAGAUGAAGAGGGUGUUGGGGAGGGGGGGCGUGGCAGCGUGUACUUCGUGGAGGGGGAGUGAGUGGAUUGAUUUAAUGAGGGUGGGCGCUGCUUCUGCUUCUGCUUCUGCUGAGGGGAAGCAGGAGGAGGAGGAGGAGAUCGGGGCUGGAGAUGAAGAGAAAGUGAAAGGGAAGGGGAAAGGAAAAAUGGAGAUUCCGAAAGAAUGGUCGAGUGCAGAGGGUGGUGGAGAGCGAGGCGCGCUGGGACUUUGAGAGUCA